AUGUCACUAGAAACAGUGAUUCUUGAUAAUGGUGGCUAUACAAUGAAAAUUGGAACAAGCCGUGACAUUGAGCCGAGGCUCAUACCAAACUGUAUUGUCAAAGCGAAAGCAGAUCGGAAACGGGAGUUUGUCGCCGAAGAGCAAUUCGAAUGCAGUGAUAAAACGGGGUUAUUUUAUGUUCUUCCGUUCGAAAGAGGUUAUUUAGUUAACCCUGACGUUGAAGAGCAGAUUUGGAGCCAUGUAUUUGAGUCAUAUUCCACGGAUAACUCUCGAAUAGUACUGACGGACCCGAAUUAUCUUAUUCCAGCGAUUGAAGACGUUAGUGUUGAAGUGUUAUUCGAACAGCAUAACUUUCAGUCGGUGUUUAAAGCAUCAGGUAUAUCAGUCUAUUUGUAA